AUGACCAAGCCAACAUUGAAGGUUUUGAUUACUGGUGCUGCUGGACAAAUCGGAUACAGCUUGAUUGGUAUGGUUGCCAGUGGAUUAAUGCUCGGUUUUGAUCAACCCAUUGUUCUUCACUUGCUUGAAGUACCACAAGUUUUGGAUGCUUUGAAGGGAGUUUGUAUGGAACUUACCGAUUCAGCUUAUCCAUUGCUUCAAAAGGUAGUUGCUACUAGUGAUUAUCAAGAAGCUUUCAGUGAUAUUGAUGUUUGUAUCAUGGUUGGUGCCAUGCCAAGAAGAGAAGGUAUGGAAAGAAAGGAUUUGUUGGAGAAGAACGCUGCUAUUUUCAAGGGACAAGGUGAAGCUUUGGAAAAGUGGGCCAAGAAGACCGUCAAGGUCCUUGUUGUCGGUAAUCCAGCCAAUACCAAUUGUCUCAUUGCCAAGACUUAUGCACCUUCAAUUCCUGCUGAAAACUUCUCUGCUCUCACUCGUUUGGAUCAUAACAGAGCAAAGGCACAAAUUGCUGAUCGUCUCGGCAUCAAUGUUGCUGAUGUUCAUAAUGUCAUUAUUUGGGGAAAUCACUCAUCAACUCAAUUCCCUGAUGUUGCUCAUGGUUAUGUCACAAUUAAUGGACAGAAAAAGUCAAUUUAUGAAGCCAUCAAUGAUGAUGCUUGGUUGAAGGGAGAUUUCAUUUCUACUGUUCAAAAGAGAGGUGCUGCAGUCAUUGCUGCAAGAAAGCUUUCUUCUGCUACAUCUGCUGCUAAGGCAAUCACUGAUCAUAUGCAUAAUUGGAUUUUGGGUACACCUGAGGGUGAAUGGGUCAGUAUGGCCAUUCCAUCUGAUGGUUCUUAUGGUAUUCCAGAAGGUGUUAUUUACUCAUUCCCAGUUACUUGCAAGAAUGGAACAGUCUCCAUUGUUCAAGGUUUGAAGAUUGACGAUUUUGCCAGAGAAAAGCUCACAAUUACUGACAAGGAGUUGAGAGAAGAGAAGACUAUGGCUUUGUCAAUUUAA